GGUGCUUUUCGAAAAAUUGCAACAAAAGAAUUCCCAAGCUCGUCCGCUGCUCUCGCGAUCUGACGCUCCAAACCCUAGAAAAAGAACUCGAAAUAGGGGAGAACCACGCAGUUCUUGUGGCGGAUCGAUCUCCCGAGGCCAGCUUGAUCCUUCCCAUCGCAUUUUCGUUCUUGCAUCGUUCCCACCGGUCGACGUCCUUCGGUUCCAUUUCUACGGUUUCGUCGGAUCUCCCUUGCCUUUCCGCGUCGAAAAUGAUGGCCCAACCGACGUGCGUCGACGGAUCUCCGCUUUCGGCUCAAGUGCUUUACCUUAUCCGCCAGCAGUCGCCCAAGCUGAUGUACCGGUCCUACCAGUAAAGCAGCAAGCUCGGGAGACAGGAUGCCCAUGGUGCCUUGUGCUCGGUCACUACCACCGAUGCAAUUAGCGAGAAGAUGGGAGCGGAUAUCAAAACGGUGGACGCCCAAGAAUCUCUCGGUGGUGGGGUGAUUGUGCUUACGACGGGUUUGCUUACGUACGAGAACAAUCUUAAAUCCAACUGCACGCAGUCCUUCUUUCGUGCUCCCCAGGGCAAGGGUUACCAUGUCCUGAAUGACAUAUUCAGGCUCGUGGAUGAGUUCGAUCUCCAGCAGAGGCACCAGGGCUUAGGGAAUGGUACUGGUGCACCUAAUGCAGCGGAGCGUGAUUUACCUCCAGAACAGGAGGAGCAUGCUCCGGGCCCAACAGUUCCAUUGACAGUAGAAAAAUAGGAGGUAAAAUCGAGGAAAGUCUAUACUCUUUUAGACAAUGGGGAGGUUGUGGAAGAGGAAGAACGUAUAGGUGUAGUGAUUGAUGAAGUUUCGAACAGUUCUCUGGCAUUUGUGGUUGAAUCAAAAGUUGUCACCUUCCAAGAGGAGAUGCCAAAGAAAUCAUAUGCUUCAAUUGUGAAAGUCAUGAAAGAUAAUACUUCUGCAUCAAUUCCAGCAUGUGUUCCUUCUAAGCUAACACCAAUUAAAAUAUAACCAUGUGCCGGCCCUGUCCCUGCUGCAACUUAAGCAUCUGAUAUGCCUGCAUCCGGUUCUAUUGCUCAAAGCAGCAAUGUCCAAGAGGCAGAAGCCGAUGGAUAUUCCAUAUACGUGAAAAAUUUACCUUUGGAUGCAACACCUGCUCAACUUGAGGAGGAGACCAAGAGACAUGGUCCUAUUAGGCCAGAUGACUUACAAGUUAGAAGCAAUAAGUUGGUAACUGAGGAAGAUAUGCACCCAGUAGAGGAGGUGGGUUCCGCAAUAUGAUGAGACAGGCUGUGGUAACUAUGGUGGUGGGAGGUAUUAUAGUAAUGGGGGCUUAAAUACUAGACCUGAUCUUGGUGGCAGAAGCCGUCCUGGUUCCUCAGCCAUCAGUGCAUCCACCAAUAAUUGAAUGGAGGUAUUGCGUUUGGGAUUGUACAAUUCAAGCUUGUCAGUUUUUGGUCCGUCCUCAGAUUGGCUGGAACACAUACUGAAAUGAGUAUUGUCUUUCCUAUUGUUUUAGGAAAAAGUUCAAUAGGUUAUCUUUGGAGUGGGAGCUUUUGUUUUGUUUCAUGUAAACUAUUUUUUGCUAGUGGCAGCAAUACGUGAUAAAAACUUGAAUUAAUGAUUGUGUAGAAUAUGGAUGUCAUGAGAAUGAUGUUCGA